AUGAUUAAAAGGAACGGCGAUAAUGUAUUUGCGAUCGCGUCGAGCAACAACCAGUGUCAGAGCGCGCGGAGCGCCGUCUCGCUCUGUCCCAGCGUCGCGGCCACGAGGAUCCCGCGAGCCACUGCCGUCAGGAUGACGCCGCCCGAUGCGCCCCAACACACCAAGGAAGCUAACAUCGCGCUCUCUACUUACGUCGAAAAGUGGAAAAACAGAUACGAGGAGGCUGAGAGGAAGCACAAGACGUACCUCCUCAAGUCCGAAAAAGGUCGGUACUACACAAUUCAAAUAGGAAAUCUUUAG